AUGACUCCGUUUCCACCAUAUGAGCCGGACCUCCAGGCGACCAUGAGCAAUCCAAACGUGGACACGCUGUUCGGAUACCCCAUGGUCGGAUCGGGUCUAAAGGGGCCUCAAUACCAGCCUGAGAAUGUUGAAUAUCAAGAGGAACAAGAGAAAUGGGCCAAAGAAAUGAGCCAAACCCCUCCCAACAACAGUCCUACCGAAGGCCGCAAAGCUCUAAAGCGUGGUCGUCAGCCAAGCCCUGAAACGGAGGAAGACCCGAUCUUUGGUUCUCCUACAAAACGACGCAAGACAGAUGUCGAGAUGACCGAUGCUAUGGAGAUCCAGGAGGAAGAUACCUACUCGGUGCGGGACGCUAUGCUUUGGGGAUCUUCCUGCGUACCGGAAUCAUUACUCUCUUCUCCUCAGAAAUUUUCACAAACAAUUUCCGAGAGUCCUAAAAGUAAUUUUGAAGAACAGCACGGAGCGCAACCUGUUUCCAUCCCAGACUCAUGGAACUUCACCAUCUGGGAGGAUCUCGAUGCCGGAACAGACGAUUAUAGCAUGGUCGGUCAAAUGGAAUCUUGGAUUCAUGAGUACGAUGACGAGGACAAGGAGAAUGCGCCUCCUCCUCCCCUUCAGCUUGACGUGCUUAUGGAGGAUGCAAACGUUUUUCUCGAUGGUGAAUGGUACUAUGUAGAGGAACCAAUGUACCCGCGCAACAUACUCAGCGAGCUCUCGAUCCAGCAGAACUGA